UUCUCCCAUCAAGACAUGAAAGUUAUCAUGACGGGAAAAAGGUGAGAGAAAUAAAACCCCCAUUUCAUCCCUCUCAAAAGCUCGAGUCCCAGAGGGGUUCCUCCAGGGCGUCUGUAAUCAUAAAAAUCGGAUUUUUUCCUUUUUUUUUGUAUGGCGGUUGGGCUGAAAUGGGAUUUUGUUCUGGCUUGGGGAUUUCUCUCUUUAUUUUUUCAGGGCGGCCCAUGUGGAUCUCGCUUCCUGGGAUUGAAGGGUAUCUAGGGUUUUCGUCUUAGGAGCCGCUGAUCCUUUUGGUAAUCUCCGCUGGUUUUCUCUUUUCGAUGUUCGAGGCCGGGGAUUGCGAUUCUCUGGUGUUUUUGUUCUGCUGAUGGUCGCGGCGGCCGAAAUUUUGUUCGAAAUUUGACAUUUUUCGGCGUUUAGGAGGUGGGUUUUUGGAUUCUUGAGCUUAUCAAUUGGGAUUUAGGUUUGUCGUCGAAAGAAUCGUCGGUGCUUUUCGUUUGAUUGCAUGUUUGGAAGAUCUUGAUUGGGUUCUGCCUGUUGUUUUGAGAGGUGUUGGUUUCUUUGGUAGAGUUCGGUGAUUGUAUUGUAAUUGAAAAGGUUGGAAUUUUUUUUGUUUGGAAAGGGGUGGUUGGUAGCUAGGUGUCGGAGAAAUGGAGGGAAAGAGCGAGAUUGUGAUGACUGGGAAGAACGGCAGCAUGCAUUUAGCCAAGGAGAGGCAUUUGGAGGAUCGUCUGUGCUCUGAGAUGGAAAUGGAUGAGAAAGGAGGUCUUGGGAGUUUGGAUGAUGGCAGCGAGUCCCUGGUGCCAGACAAAGGGGAGGGAAGCAACGUUUUCUCAAGGGAAGCUCCUCUCCGGGCCAAAGAUCCCCGAGAUAUGAGGAGUUAUGGCUGCAGUGCCAAGAAUCUCAGAUCGAGGGCCUCAGAUUCGGUGGAGGAAUCUGAGGCUCGAAGGAAGGACAAGGAUAAGAACAAGCAGGAGAGGAAGCUCAGUAGACAGGACCGGAUUGAGCUCGGGCGCUUGUUCCAGGCGGCAGUAAGCUCUCAUGACUGGGAGCUUGCUGAGAGCCUGAUUCUGCUGGCUGAUCCACAUACUCUCAAUGAUGCACUCUGCAUAGCGCUGGAUUCCAUAUGGUUCUUGACAACCCACCAAGAGCUGAAUGGGAUCACUGAGCUGAUCAAGAAGAUUGUCACCAAUGGCGCGAAUGAUUUCACGAGGGCGGCCCUGAGGACAUCGUUUCUUGCUUCGUGUGUUUCUGCCUGUCAGAGCAAGACAAUGAGCUUGGCUGAUACCGUCAAUGUCAUGGCCCAAAGGUUACAUGAACGCCUUCAAGAAUGUCAUGAAGAUGAGGUUUUGAAGGCGGAAGCCAGUGCCAAAGUACAGAAGUUUACAGAAUGGGCUUUAAAGUGCAUCGGAUUUCACUCUCGUUGCCAGGAAAACAAGGGUAGAGGAAACCACAGCAAAAUCCUUGAGGUCCAACUCCAGUUGUCAGCAUUCAAAAACUUUUUGGAUAUUGCUGGCAAUCAUCUCACAGGAAAGGAUUUCACUGAAGCCUUUGACGCUGCGUGCUUCCCUCUUACUCUCUUUUCUAGCUCUUUUGACCCUGGCUGGGCUUCUGGAGUCUCAGCAACAGCAAUACAAGGGUUGCUGGGGAUGCUGGUGGAAGGAGGUGCAGACAAUGUCAACCAAUGCUUUCUAGAAGCUUCACGGUUUGGGAGUACAGAACUUGUACGCAUUUUGCUUCAGAUUGCUCAAAGGAACAGCUUGGAUGUGGAUGUUGAUCUUGCUCUUGGCUUUGCAUCCCACUACUGUAAGAUUGGAACCAUGGAAUGCUUGGUUGAAGAGGGGAAUGCUGCAGCCUUCCUGGGCCCGCUGAUGCGAGCUGCUGAGCGGGGGUGUAUGCAAGUUGUCCAGUGGUUUGUCAACCGGGGAUGCAGGGACAUGGAGCUGUGUCUCGCGCUCACUGCAGCCACCUCCAGCAGCCAGGUGGGCAUUGCUGGGUAUCUCCUCCCCCAUGUCCCCCAACAUGUCCUUGCAGCCCUCAGCAUCGAGAUCCUCAAGGCUGCUGGCGAGAGGAGCAGCGGGUCCCUCGAUGGUGUCGCUUUUCUUCUUCGUUCCGACUUCUUAAGUGACCCUGCUGCUACAUAUUCUGUUGCUGACAGCAUUUCCAGGUCCGAUGAUGAGGCAGUGGCCCCAGAGCUGAAGGCUUUUCUCAGGGAACACUGGUCAGAGGCUGCAUUCUCUGAAGGGAUGAGCUCUGGGCAGGAGCACUACGUGAAUUUUAUGAGGAUUCUGAGGAGGGGUUGUUCACCCAUUUGCCUGAGGGACCUGCCGUCACCCCUAGCGACGGCCAUCGCCUACUUGCCACUGUACAGGGAGUGUGUGCAAGCAGGCGGGCAGCUACUGCCGCAGAGGCUGAGAGGGCAGCUUGUUGAGGCUGCAAGUAGGCUCGGCAACCGGCCGGUGGAUAGAGGGAGCCAGGGUAAAGAGCUCCUGGCAGUUUUGGAGCAUCACCUGCCUCGCUUCUUGAUCCAAUCUCCAAGCACUCUAUCCAUGCCCCUACGGUGAGUCCCAGCAUAACAUAACAUGGAUUCGAAGGAUGCAUAUAUUUUGUGUUAAUCCUUUGAUCUAUGAAUACUCUAUACAGUAUUCCCUGUGCAUUUGUAUUAAAGAGUAGCAGGGAUGGCUACUGGAGGAGGGUGUCUUUGAAUGGUUUAGCCAUGUGGUUGGGAAAAUGGUUGUGAGAUUAUAGUUUCGAGCACUGUUGUAUUUCCUCAUUACCUGAUAUAUAUGGUGGCAUCAUCCCUCUUUCUUGAUGUA